GUACCCAUGGCAAACGGAGCUGCGUUCGACUCCCGCGACGAAGAGCAUAAUCCACGAUGCUAUCCGAAGACACGUACAGAUCUUGUCCGUCAGAUUGAUGAAUGGACGAGAUUUGGCAAGGAGCCAAUAUUCUGGUUAAAAGGCAUGGCUGGAACCGGCAAGUCAACAGUGUCGCGAACAAUUGCCCAGCGCUUCGACAAGGGCAUGCUUGCUGGCAGCUUCUUCUUCAAGAGGGGUGAGAUCGAUCGUGGCAAUGCUACCAAGUUCUUCACCACUUUAGCCGCCCAUUUUGCUAUUAGAGUGCCGCACGUCCGACGAUUGGCCCGAAGUGCGCUCGAUGCUGAUCCCAGACUCCCUUCGAAGGGCUUACGCGAGCAGUUUAAACGGCUUAUCUGGCAGCCACUUACCCAAUUACAAGAUUCGCAGACUUUUAUCAUUGUGAUUGAUGCGCUUGACGAGUGCGACCGAGACGAAGAUAUCGGGGUUAUAAUCUACCUCGUUGCACGAGCAAAAACUCUCCGCCAUGUCCGCCUACGAGUAUUUCUUACCAGCCGCCCUGAGCUACCGGUUCGCCUGGGAUUUACACAAAUUCGAGGCGAUUACCAAGAACUUGUUCUUCACACAAUACCGAGAACUACCAUCGAGCAAGAUCUUCGUGUCUUUCUUAUCGACGAGUUGAUUAAAAUUAGGGACGAACAUAACGUUGAUGCGUUCGAGGAUGUGAAACUCCCACCAGAUUGGGCUGUUGCACAUAUCGAUUCAUUAGUCAACAUGGCCCUCCCGCUUUUUAUCUACGCUGCUACGAUAUGUCGUUUCAUCGAAGAUCGAGCAUGGUCUGAUCCUGCUUCCCAGCUGCAAAAGAUUCUUUUCUAUCAGGUAAACUUCGAUGGAUCAGAGAUUGACCGGCUUGAUAGCACAUACCGCACUGUGCUAGAUCAGAUCCUCGCUAAGAAGGCCGGUUCUGCAAGGCAGUGUCAAAUCAACCUCUUCAAAAGUAUUGUUGGACCUAUAGUGCUUCUGGUCGAGCCACCUUCAGGAAAGGCCCUUUCAGAAUUACUUAAUAUCCCUUUAGCCGCUAUUCAAGGCCAGCUGAAACUCUUACAUUCCGUAUUAUCUGUCCCAGAUACGGCGGACGCGCCUAUUCGUACAUUCCAUCUAUCCUUUCGCGAGUUUCUUGUCAAUCCAUUGAAACAGAAAGACGAGUUCUGGAUUGAUUCGCGAGCGGUUCAUACGAGGCUUGCCACACAAUGCAUUCAGCUACUAUCUAAAGAAGACAGCCUAAAGAAGGAUAUCUGUGGCCUCCAGGAUCCAGGCGCCAGCCGAUCAGAAGCCAGCCAACAGACUAUCGACGCAUGCAUUCCCUCUGCUAUUCAGUAUGCCUGUUUACACUGGGCACAUCAUCUUCACCUAGCCGAUGACCCUAUUCACAGUCAAGACAAAGUGUAUAACUUCCUACAGUAUCGUUUUCUCUACUGGCUCGAGGUUUUUUGUCUCUUAGGGAGGGUUCAAGAAUGCAUAGGUAUAUUAUCUACUUUGCAGAGCAUUUUUCAGACGGGUAUUAGCAUUUUCCUCUUAGAUGCUGAUCGAUUUCUCCGGAAUUGCAUUUCGAUUGUGACGGAUUUCCCUCUACAACUCUAUCUAUCGGCUUUGAUAUUUGCCCCGGAGAGUAGCAUUGUGAAAACACAGUUUUCUGGUGAGGCUUUAACCUGGAUAGCGAAUGCACCUACGGUUGCAUCAGACUGGGGCUUGUGCAUCCAGACACUUGAAGGCCACAGCCUCUGGCUUAGAUCGGUUGCGUUCGCGCCUGAUGGGCGGCGGCUCGCCUCGGGGUCAGGGGACAAGACCAUCAAGGUCUGGAAUGCCCAGACGGGCGCGCUGCUUCAGACGCUCGAGGGCCACGGCGGCCCGGUCGAAUCGGUUACGUUCACGCCCGACGGGCAGCGGCUCGCGUCGGGUUCAAGGGACAAGACGGUUAAGGUUUGGGAUACCGACACGUGCGCGCUGCUACAGACGCUCGGAGGCCAUAGCGGCCGGGUCGACUCGGUCACGUUUGCGCCUAAUGGGCGGCGACUCGCCUCGGGGUCAGGGGAUAAGAUGGUCAAGAUCUGGGAUGCGCACACGGGU